AUGUACAAUAACAGAUCUAAAAAUAUUAUGGACAUGCUUGAAAAACCUAGCAAAAAGAAGACUUUAAAAAAUGAUUAUGAAAAUCCUGUACCAUCAACAAGUCGUGAAUCUCGAAAUAAAGCCAUGGUAGUCUACACGGAGAAUAAUUCAAGUGAUAUGGAAGAACCUUAUUCUCCAGUUGUAUCAGAAUAUUUACCAAGAAAUCACACAAGUCGUUCCUCAAGUCUAGUAAGAGAAUUAUGUUCUCCUUUGUCUUCGUCGUUGAUUCAUGAUAUGAUAAAUAGUCCUCAGAAUGAUUCAGAAAGUACCUUUAAAUUUGAUACCCCUUUAAAAAUGCAUAAUGUUGUAGAUUUCAUUGCAUCCCCUUUAAUUAUCUACACAAAUAUGAGCAUUAUUGACAAUUCUAAGGAAUUGGCUGAUGAUAGUGAUAUAACAUCCCAAGAUAAUUAUUAUAAUACAAUCGAAGGAGUUAAACCAUUAUCACCCUCAAUAGAUAUUUCGUCAUCUUCUAUUAAAGAAAAUUCUCUCAAUUUGAAGAAUUUACCACAAAACGCAGAAAUUCCAUUAUCUUCAUCUGUUACAAAUACUGAUUCAAUUGUCACUGAUGUUAUAUGUAAUGUUACGGAUACAAACCAUUUUGAUACAGCUGAAGCCACUAAGUCUCAACCUUUGCUAAUAAAUGAAGGAAAUUUUAAGCCUAGGAAAAAGACAUCAAAUACGAGUGAAUGGAUAUCUGUAAAGAGUAAGAAAAAUAAAAAUAAAGUAAAUAGAAAAUGGGCAUAUGACGUAGAUGGAAGAAAAAUUUUGUUGUUACACUUCAAAGAAAUGAAAGCAGAUCCUAAUUUAUCUGGAAAAUUGCUCUAUAAAUGUGAAUUUGAACAAGAGAAUUACUACGUGCUGGACAUUUGUAAUCGUUCCUCGUCACGUAAACGUAAAUGGAAUGGAACACCAGCAGAUGUUGAGCUUAAACCCGCGUAUAAUGGUCCGUUACCUAUCUCAAAAGCUCUACAUAAAGAUUUGAAUAGUUUGUGUGAAUGA